AUGGCACGCUGCCCCAAAAAUGAAUACUUUGAUAAUUUGCUACUCUCUUGUAAGCCGUGUCAUCUUCGAUGUUCUAGCGCACCGCCGCCUUCAUGUGAAAGCUACUGUGAUACGAGUACUGAUUCAAAUGGAGUUCUUUGGAUUUGUUUGGGUUUAGGAGUGAUUUUAAUGCUCACUCUGUUCACCUUAAUGGUCUUGUUUAGAUGGAAGCACCUAAAGCAACUGAAAGAAAAACUGAAAAACACAGACUCUUCUAUGGAGCUGAAUUAUAUUCUCAAGGCUAAUACUGAAAGCAGUGUGAAUACAGAAGGAACUGGACACUCACUUCAAAGUGAAACAAUAAUGUAUUCAGUGGAAGAAUGCACUUGCCAUGACUGUGGCUUGGUAAAACCUCAGACUGGCUAUGAAACUUCAUUUCCAUUACCAGCUACAGAAGAAGGAGCUACUGUUCUAGUUACCACAAAAUCUUUUGAUUAUUGCAACUAUAUUCUGGGUGCUGGGUGA